GCUGAUUGUCAAUGGCGAUAAUUUAUUUGUUUACUAUCUAAAUUUUCCCAAAAUAAAUCAAAAUUCAAAUCUCAAAACAAUUUUUUAAUCAAUUGUAUCUUUAAGAUUGUAUCAUUCAGUCAUUAAAUUUCAUUUUAACUGCAAACAUGCGUCGGCGAGCAGGUGUUGGUGCUAUACAUAAGCAACAAUUGGAACGUGAAAAAUACAGGGAAAAAGGCACGGAGAUACAAGAAAAUCAAUUUUUGCAAAUGCAAAAGCAGUUGGAAGUCUUUAGGGAGAACCUAGAGGAGUUUGCAACGAAGCAUAAGAACGAGAUUAAGAAAAAUGCGCAAUUCAGACGACAGUUUCAAGAAAUGUGCGCUGCUAUAGGUGUAGAUCCUUUAGCAUCUGGAAAAGGCUUUUGGUCUGUGCUAGGUAUUGGUGACUUCUAUUAUGAACUUGGAGUGCAAAUUGUUGAAGUGUGUUUAGCAACCAAUUACAAGAACGGUGGUCUAAUUACACUGGAAGAAUUGAGAACCAGACUGAUUGCAUCACGGGGAAAGGCAAAGAAACUUCAGGAUAUAACUAAUGAGGAUCUGUUGGCUGCUGUUAAGAAGCUUAAGAUUUUUGGCAAUGGCUUCACAGUGAUAUCAAUAGGGAAAGGAAAAUGGUUGGUGCAGUCAAUACCGGGAGAGCUGAAUUUGGACCAAACACUGGUUCUGCAGAAAGCUAGUUCAUUGGGCACAGCUUGGAUAUCAAUUAGCAUGCUCACUAAUGAUUUAGGUUGGAAUGAAACCAGGGCAGAAAAUGCUGUAAAUCACAUGGUGAAGGAAGGUCUCGCUUGGGUCGACACGCAGGACCCCAAGGAGCCCCUGUUUUGGUUCCCGAGCAUGUUUUCCGAUUGUGUUGCCGCUUCAUAACUUUCUACGGUGCAUUUAUUAUUGUAUAAUUUAUUUCUUUUAAUUAUUCUGUGUCAAAUGUGAAAUUAUAAUGUAAAUAAAAUAUAUGUUAUGCUUAAA